GGGUUGCCGGGUUGCACCGAGCCGCCAUUUUGUGAAGGAGGAGGAGGAAGCUUGAAACCUGGCAGCCGCCGCUGCUGCCGCCGCCUCCUCCUCCUCUAGUCUCUCGGGCGGCAAGAUGCUGCGGCUCCGCUGCAAGGCCCGGAGCGGCACCUACCCUCUGCCGGGUCUGACGGCUCAUUCCCGCCUGCGGGAGCUGCAGGCGGCCAUCGCCGCCCUCGCCGGGGUCCCCGUCCAAGCCCAGCGCCUGCUCCUCGGCUUCCCCCCGCACGUCAUCGACCUCGGCGACGGGGAGCAGCGCCUCGGAGAGCUGGGCAUCCACUCGGGUGACACACUAAUAGUUGAAGAAGACACAACCAAGGUCAAAACCGAGUCAGCUAUAGUUACAAAACGGACUGCUUCUAAUUCAUUCAGGGAAGCUAUCCCUGUGCUUGCCCGGAAGGUUGUUCCAGCAGAUAAUUCAUGUCUCUUUACCAGCAUAUACUAUGUGGUAGAAGGUGGGGUUUAUGAUCCAGGAUGUGCCCCAGAGAUGAGAAAUCUUAUAGCCCAGAUUGUAGCAAGUGAUCCGGAAUCCUAUAGUGAGGCGGUACUAGGGAAAACUAAUCAGGAAUACUGUGAAUGGAUCAGAAGAGAAGAUACAUGGGGAGGUGCAAUUGAGGUUUCCAUCUUGUCUAAAUUCUAUCAAUGUGAAAUUUGUGUAGUGGACACUCAGACAGUCAGAAUUGAUCGUUUUGGGGAAGAUGCAGGCUAUACUAAACGGGUGCUUUUAAUUUAUGAUGGUAUUCAUUAUGAUCCACUUGAGCGUAAAAUUCCCAAUUCAGACAUUCCUCCCCAAACAAUCUUUUCAGCGUCCGAUGACGUUGUCCUUGCACAGGCCUUGGAGUUAGCAGAUGAAGCCAGAAGAAAGAGACAGUUUACUGAUGUAAACCGAUUUACACUGAGAUGUAUGGUAUGUCAGAAAGGAUUAACAGGGCAAGUGGAAGCCAGAGAACAUGCCAAGGAAACGGGACACACCAACUUUGGAGAAGUGUGAAUUUUCUGUGAGGUUGGCCAUCUCCACUACCUCACUGAUCCAGAGAAAACCUCCAAGUUCUUAAAUAAGCUGUAUGUAAUCAUAAGAAAUCCAUUCAGGAUCUGAAACCUUCAACUUAAGUAUGAGUGAUAUGCACAGGUUUGCUGUGAUUAGUCUCAGAAGUCUACAAGUCUGUAUGCAGUGGUGGUAUAUUUUCCAACUAGUUUGGAAUGUAAUUUUGCAUGUCUUAAGUACUAGGACAUCUAUUGGUGCAAAUGGCUGCAUUGACAGUUGCAAGAAACUAAGAAGCUAAUGCAGGAAUUCCUCUGAAACUCUACUGUAGCUAGAUAAAUUUGCAUAUAAGCUUUUAGGCGGAAUAAAAACUGCAGCUCAUUUAUUGAGUUAAAUUGGCCUCCUUUGAAAUUUGGCAAGAUUACUUAUCUCAGUCUUAUUUAUUAAAAUAUAUGUAUACUUGCAUAACUAAAUGCAGAUCAGCCACAUGGUUGCCUCUUUAAUAUAGAUAUCCCAAAGCACAUCACUGAAUAACAGUACCAUGUGUGUAAAAAGUUAGGGAGCUAUGAAAGCCCUUAGCUUGACGUUCUUGUCCAAAGCUUUCUUAGAAAGGGAAUAGUUAUCAAUAAUGACACACACUCUCUAUAUUAGUCCACAUUAAUUACAUUUUAAACAGUUGUCAAUUGUUUGGAUGCUUAUGUACAUUUAUGAUUUACCAUUCAAAAUUACUGAAGUGGUAUCAGGUCCCAGUAGUACAAAGGUUUUUUAAUGUUUAAGUAGCCCACAUGUAUAUUGAAGGUGCAAGAUUUGGGGGUUUGUAUUCUGACUCUCAAAUUGCCAUUUGCACUUAAUAUGAAAAUUGACUGGGCAUAGUUAGAUUCCAUGAAAGCAUACCAGCAUUUAAGAAUAGUAGUGUCACUGAUGAUUGCUGGUUUUCUCUGACUGAAAUGAGUGUUUUUCCAACAAAAUAAUCCUCAGGCUUACACCGUUUUGUGAUCAGGAGUGUGGAGCCUGAUUUUACAAUUUUUUAAAAUGCCAAUUGAAAUUGGUGCUUUUAGGUACAACUAGAAGUUCUUGACUUAGAUCCCGCAUAACGCUUAGCUGACUUGAUCACAGGUUGCUAUUAGGAGCUUGGCCAUUGGAGAUCCUGCAGUGUGCUUAAUCCCCACUUCACAAAGUUAGACUAGCAUAGCCUUCAGUUUCUGAAACCUAUAACUGGGUAACUUCUCACUGGUGUAUAUAAGCUAUUUUUCUACACAGACUCUUUUGGAAUAGUGUUUUCAGCUGCAUUAUACCAGGUGUUGGGAUAUGGCAGCCUUAAUAAUCACUUGAAUCCUCUCACUUAAAUUAAGUAGUUUUGUUUAUACGCAGUUUUCUUUUUGUAUAGAAAAACUGUACUAAAUUUGGGGGCACUGGUAAAUUUAUCCCUAUGUCUAAUUUAAAUUAAAAUAAGUUAGAACUAAUUUUAAAAAUGCAGGGAUACAGAAUUUGAGAGGAAGUGCUUCUAUUAAGUGUUUUAAAACAACUUCUAUGAGUGUUGAUAAAUUAGAAAUAAUACUACAAAUUAUGAUUAAAGAAUUAGGCAAAAACAUUGAGAUAGGGGUGUCUGUGGCCACCACUGAUGCCAUAAAGCAUUAGGAAAUGGAUUCUAUUGACAUUUCUAUAACACAGCUCAGUUGGGAUGCUAGAUUAUGUGAGAAAUCCCAUUUUCCUUUCAGGGAUGUUUGUAAAAAAAUGAUAAAAUCAGUGUAAAUAACAGGGACUUCCAAGCAAAGUCAGUUUGUUGAGCCAACACAGGUUGAUACUGUGUAAAGGAUCCUCAUUAUGGCCACUUCUAGAUUAGAAUGUUGUAAUUCCUUGAAAGAGACAAUAACUUGGAACCAGAGUACAGUACUUAAUAUUUGAUAGUAGUGUGUUAGAAUGAGAUUGACCCUCUUAUGCACUGACCUGCUACGAUUAAGAUACUGAAGUAGCUAUAUCUGUGCAUUCUCUUGUUCGUUCUUGGAAUGUACAUGUCUUCAGAGUCUGGAUGCUAGAUUCGUUAAAGGCUUAUAACAUUGUGUCAACUACAUUUUAAGGUAUUAUUUGUUUCUUGCUUAUGAUUUUUGCACCACUUUGUUCCAUUUCUGAUUAGUUUCAGAUGUGAUGUGGUGAAAUGAAGUACUUUAAAAAACAUGAAGCUCUUUUUUGUCAGAGAGAAUCACAAGUAACCAUAGCCCCUCAGAUGACUGGUUCAAAUAGAUCAGCUGUGGUCUGGCUACAGUUAAUUGUAAUUCCUGUUUAUAACAGUGGGGAUAUCUAAUCACAAUUAUAUUGAGUCCCGUGGAUUUCAGUAGGAUGCAAGGUGCUCUCUAGUACAUUUCUACUGAGAAGUAAGGCCUAUUUAGUCACAGGAAACCGCUUAGAAUUGCAGUCUAAGUUACAGUGAACUCUUUAAGUGAAUGUAUCAUUUUGACUAUUCCUGUGAUACUUUCCCAAAAGCCUUAAUUCAGAGUGGGAAUUGUAUGGCCCUCCAGAUGCUGUUGAACUGCACCUCCCAGCAUUUCCCACCAUUGGCUGUGCUGGCUAGAGUUCUGGUAGUUGCAGUUCAACAAUAUCUGGAAGGCUGCACAGUUCCCAUAUCUUGACUGCACAAACUAAAUGGCCUCGUGCUUCAGGAAGAUUGCCUAGUCCAUGCUCUACCUAGCCAAAAGGGACAAAGGGUGAAAUCCAAAUUAUAUUCCAGGCUUUGGCUUGAUUGUGUCUUAAACAAUAAAAAUAAGACCCAAUUCCCUCUCAAUGAUUUUAUGAGUAAUAAUAGUAAUAAUAUGAGUUCUUUUUAAAAGUGAACUAAAUAAGCAGCAGCCCUAUAUACAUUUACAUGGGAACGAAUCCUUUUGAAUGCAGUAAGAUUACUUCUGUGCAUAAGACUGCUGUGUUGAACUACUUAAUUGUAAGACACUUCAUUUGCAUUAAGCAUCUCCCAGUAGGUUUUUGCAAAUCUGUAUAUAUACUUCUAAGGAAAAAUAGAUUUUUAAAAAAAUGAUGGCACACUUCAUGCAAAAUACUUGAGUUGGUGAACUGGAGGACUUGUUCAAAUCACUGUUCAAAUGCCAUGUAUUUAAUUCACAUGGAAGAGUUCAGUAGGACCUCCAAAUGAAUAUGAUGGAGAUAAAAUGUUGAUUUUUGAUACAAAAUGCACUCAAGUAUUGACUGAAAUGAUUUUCUCUGAAAUUCUUGAAGUUUUUGAUCAUGUUACAUUUCCAUAUUUGGCUCAGAUUAUGGGCACACUAUCAUUGCAAACUUUCAUUGCCUAUUUGAAAGAAAAAGGUCAAAUCUUGCAAAUGUACUGUCAUACUGCCUAUAUGUAUGCUACUUGGACAGAGGUGCUAUAGAAAGCCUAUUUAUUUUGUAAGUUUUCUAUUAAAUAUGUUUUGUUUUGAAAGGUAUCAUACGUAUAUUUUGCAUUUUUGCUAUGGGAUUUUUUUAUGUUACACUUGAGAUGUACUGGGUAAACUAAUAUGUUCUUAACAUUCUGCAUCUGUUUUAAAAAGUGAUAAAGAAUACCAAACUGUUGCUUUUUUCACUCAGCUUUACUGACAGUAUUAUGUACAGGCACUAGUUUUUAAUUCUAAUUCAGAAGAAAUGUAUUCACAUGUAACACUGAUUUGUUGAAAUUGUAGUUGGAGUGGUGUUACAUUCAUACAAAAGUGGCCAUCAAAUGCAUCUCAGUACAUAUGACAAGCAAAAUAAUGUGUAGAAUCUUUAUUGUUGAAACAUGUUAUAUCUAAUUAAGCACUCUGUUUUGUCCAACUGACCAUUGCUAGAACUUAAAAGGCCAUAACCUGGGCAAUAAGAUAGUAAUCCUCUCCUGUUUAUCUCAAACAUGUCUGUCAAAUGGAGGUUCCAUUUAGUUUUCAUGCUUAAUAGCCUUAAAUAAACCUAUUCUCUAAGAUAGUAGUCUUUACCAUAAUUUGUGGGAGUGAUUCUGAAUCCUGUUGGUAUUUAUAUACACAUAAUUGGGUUGCAUGCACGUGUAUUUUUAUUUCGGACAGGGUGUGAGGGACCAUUCUGUAUCCCAUUGCACCCUGUUCAGCCACUCUUGUAGAUGGAGGGGCAUUGCUGUUGCUGUUCAGAUGACAAGUAGCUGUUUUAGGCUUCAAGGGGAAGAUAAAACGGUAUGCUUGUCUGGGAGAACACCAUUGUUUCUUCUGCCCUUUCAGCUGAUACUAGCUGCUUCAUUGUCUAAUUCCCCCUUCUUUUGCUCUCCCUGGCUGAACCAGUAAACAGAUGUGACUUGACAGCUGUUGGGAUGAUGGGAAGGCAUGGAAACUUAAUCCAAAAUUCAACCAUUGUGUGAGCUAUUCUGUUAUUAAAGCAAUCACAAAUCAACUCUUUGUGAUCCUGAGUGGUAGUAGUAUAGGAGGAAGAUCUUAAAAUCCAUUCCCUUUUCCACAGUUUAUAAUAUCACAAUUCUCUCAUGGCUCCCCUUUGUUUUAUCUAGACCUAAAUAUCUGACCCUUUCCUCAUAGAAGAGAUGUUCAUUUUCCUUAAAUAUUUAAUUAAACAGAAGAACUUUCUUGCGGCAGAUUCUGGGAUAUGUUCAUCUGGCAGAACUAUGUAAUAGGUCCCAUUAUCUUCAGAGCUACUAUGUGCAGAAAACCUAAGCAUGAUGGUACAGACCCUAGGUCACAUUCUUAAAUCAGUAUCUAAAAAUAAAUACAAAUAUUGUAUCAAUUCAUUGUUUAAUAUACCUUUGUAUUUCUUUGAUAAAUGCAUUUAAAGCCAGUGACAUGCUCCUCACAGAUGUAAAAUUUUCAAUGCAUAUGAGUGCCAUCUUGUAUGAAACAAAAAGCCUCUUUCAGAUUGAGUAGUGCACUCUUGGUGAGAGGAAAUGUUUUUAAACACAUUUAAAUUUUAAUGGGCAAAACAUUAGACCCUCUAAAAAUUACAUAACUAUUCUUCAGUCCAAUUGUAUGGUAAAAAUGAAAGAUUUUUUGCAUUUGUCAGUUUCAUAUUUAUUACUGCAAUAUAAUGUAUCCUUCUGGAGGGGAAACAGUUUUUUGCUUUUUGGCCUAUUUAUUAAAGGCACACAUAAAUAUAUUCCACAUUCCAGACUUUGUUCCAGUGCCAUUUUCUCUGUGUUGCAGCUGCUGUUUGACAUUAAUAUACAUAAUGUUACAGCUAUCUCUAAACAUUUCAGUUGAUUUUGAUAAUAGAAUGUGGAAUGAAUACUCAGUACUUAAAUUCUAAAGGAAUAUACUGUACAUAUGCACUGUUGCCUAAUUGUAUUAAAUAUAAAACUUCUUUUUGAGAUUUGCAGAUCUCCCUGCUAUCACCAGCAUUAACUUAUAGAAGUAUGAAGGAGUGUAACUUAUUCUUAAGCAUGAGGCCUUUUGCUCACAUGUAUGAGAUGACUGUAUCAAAUAACAGCACUUUAAAAGCCUGUCUCUUGAAGUUUACACAUUUUGUGUGUUUUGCCAAGAGGUUAAAUGGUGUAGUAAGUGCAUUAUGAUUUUAUUUAAUGCACACAGCAUUUUAAAAACUACUAGUUCAAUAUUUCAUUAUCUUCUGGUUGCAUUUACUACUUCAUGCUGGUAAAUUAUGUUCUGUUGAAUAUGCACCCUUAAGUUAAAAGUAAUUAUACCAGCAACAAAAUGUUGUUCUGCAUGCAUAUUCAACAUCAUGCUGACUUCUACUUUGUAUCUUUAAUAAACAUUGAUAUUUAAAUAUGUGCAUAGAUUGGAGAAACUAGUGCAAUA